CGCAACACGGGCCUCGGGCCGGCAUUUCCUGUAGCUUUAUCUGAAUCCCUGCAGCUCCCUGUUCGUCUGGCGUUCGCGAGGGGGCAGGUUUUUCCGGUGCCCGGGGAGAGCUAUGGCGGAGGCGAUGGAUUUGGGUAAAGACCCCAAUGGACCCACUCAUUCCUCGACUCUGUUCGUGAGGGAGGAUGGCAGCUCCAUGUCCUUCUACGUGCGUCCCAGCCCGGCAAAGCGCCGGCUCUCGACGCUCAUCCUCCACGGCGGCGGCACUCUGUGUCGCGUUCAGGAGCCCGGGGCCGUGCUGUUGGCCCAGCCCGGGGAGGCGGCGGCCGAGGCCUCGGGCGACUUCAUCUCCACGCAGUACAUUCUGGACUGCGUGGAGCGCAACGAGAAGCUCGAGCUGGAGGCCUACCGUCUGGGCCCGGCUCCGGCGGCCGACCAGGCCCCAGAGACGAAGCCCGGGGUCCAGGCCGGGGGCGCCGCGGCGGAGCCUGAGCCGCCGUCGCAGGCGGGGCGGAUGGUCUUCACGGACGCGGACGACGUGGCCAUCUUGACCUACGUGAAGGAACAUGCCCGCUCGGCCAGCUCCGUCACCGGUAACGCCUUGUGGAAAGCGAUGGAGAAGAGCUCGCUCACCCAGCACUCCUGGCAGUCCAUGAAGGACCGCUACCUGAAGCGCCUGCGGGGCCAGGAGCACAAGUACCUGCUGGGGGAGGCCCCCGUGAGCCCCUCCUCGCAGAAACUCAAGAGGAAGGCUGAGCAAGACCCGGAGGCCGCUGAUAGUGGGGAACCACAGAAUAAGAGAACUCCAGACUUGCCUGAAGAAGAAUUUGAAAAAGAAGAGAUCAAGGAGAAUGAAGCAGCAGUCAAAAAGAUGCUUGUAGAAGCCACCCGAGAGUUUGAGGAGAUUGUGGUGGACGAGAGUCCUGAUUUUGAAAUACACAUAACAAUGUGUGAUGAUGAUCCACCCACGCCUGAGGAAGACUCAGAAACACAGCCUGAUGAGGAAGAAGAAGAAGAAGAAGAAAAAGUUUCUGCACCAGAGGUGGGAGCUGCCAUUAAGAUCAUUCGGCAGUUGAUGGAAAAGUUUAACUUGGAUCUGUCAACAGUUACACAGGCCUUCCUAAAAAAUAGUGGUGAGCUGGAGGCUACUUCCUCCUUUUUAGAGUCUGGUCAGAGGGCUGAUGGGUAUCCCAUUUGGUCCCGACAGGAUGACUUAGAUUUGCAAAAAGAUGAUGAGGCUACUCGAGAUGCAUUGGUCAAAAAAUUUGGUGCUCAGAAUGUAGCUCGGAGGAUUGAAUUCCGAAAGAAAUAAUUGGCAAUAUGAUGGGAAAAAGUUGGGCAGAUAAGACGUUAACAUUUUUUUGUGUGACCAUUGAACUUCAGAAAUUUUUCAGUUGGAACCGACACUAAUCUUUUGACCAAUUUUGUUGCCCUGUGAGUCCUAGAUUUUGUACCCAAGCAGAGUUGUGUUCAGUUCAGUCACUCAGUCAUGUCUGACUCCUUGCAACCCCAUGGACUGCAGCACGCCAUGCAGAGUUGUGGAGGAGGAUGAAAUAAAAGAAAUGGGACAUGUUUUGAGCUGUUCCGGGCAGUAUCAGUGUGUUUAUGAAAGGAAAAUCGAGAACAAUGAGAUUGGUGUACAUUGUAGUGAUCGUUUUCUGGAGUGGAAUCCCUGCUAUAUUGGUGAUAAGAGCUAGUCAUGAAGUCAAAGAAGGCAAGUUGGAUGGGUCUUGUGAAAGCAUGAAUAAAGAGCCUCCUAUCUUUUGGCAGAAGCUCCUCUAGAUUGUGAGAGAUUCCAAAUCAAGAAUCUAGAAAUAUGGAAAAAUUUAAUUACAAGACCUUGAACAUGGACUGUCCCAAACUCUUGUAACCCUCAGUGAGCUCUGAUUUCUGGGCUGCUUUGAAAACCCCAUGUUUCUUUUGCCAGCUUAAUAUUUGGGAACCCUGUUCCUUGGCUAUUCUUUCCUUCGAGUGUGUGUCAGUGAAGUCUCUAGCACGUGUUUCUUUACCUAUCGUCUAGUUUUGUUUCAGACACACACUACAAGAUAGUCUCAAGAAAAGUCUUAACUUGUUUACUAGUAAUGUGUUUUUAUUUAUUGAGGAUAGUUUUGUGCUAAGAAUUGUGUUAGAUUUAAAAAUUAGAGGAUUAAUUCCUCUUUGUUGUGUUGAUUUCAUUGUUGAAAAUAAAUGGAACUUUGUA